AUGCAAGACGAUUUUCUGGAGACAUUACGUAACUCAUUCUUCUUUAUUUAUAUUUCGGUGCUUCUUUCUUGGUGUUUGGUUAGUGGUAGUUUACAAUUUUCCAAUACAGUUGAACUGGAAAUUAAGGCAUAUCGCCUUCAACAGUUCGAUUUCAUUAGUAUUUCACGUGGAAGUCGAGCAUGGAAAGUAAUGUAUGAUGCUGUAUCAUUAAAAAGCAAUGCAUUAAGGCGUUGUUUAAUAGUUGAUUGGAAGGAUUUGUUGGCAGUGGAUUUGAAUUCUGUUCUGGGACAUGCAGUUGGUGGCGCAUUAAUUAUUUUACCCUAUAAUAUUGACGAUCUUUCCUCUGCUAAUCGCUUGGCAUUGGAAAAAUUAGAUCGCGAUUUAUAUUCAUUGAAUACGAAUAUGGCUGUGUAUUUAACCUAUGGAAAUGCAGAAAUAAUUGCUCUCCUGGAUGAAGUAAAUGUCUUCUCUCAGAAGGUUUCUUCAGCUACUCAACAACUUUUCAAUUCUAUAGCCGCAAGCACUUUUCAAUUUUUGUCGUCUUCAUCGGUGACGAAUAAUGCCAUUAUUCCUAAUGCAGCCAAUAUUGUCGGUCGAUUAUGGGCAUCUGAUCGUAAUUCUCCCACAGUUGUUGUGGUUGCACAUUAUGAUAGCCAUUCCGCCGUUCCAAGUCUCUCACAAGGUGCGGAUUCGAAUGGAAGUGGAGUUGCUGCUCUUCUGGAACUUCUUGCUAUUCUUUCGCAGUUUUAUGCAUCUACUGUUACAAGGCCGAAAUAUAAUAUUGUAUUUUUAUUAUCAGCUGGAGGGAAAUUCAAUUACCAGGGAAGUCGUCAGUGGAUUGAAGAUAAUAUAGAAAAACAACCUGACCAUUCAAUUGAAAUGGUGAUAUGUUUGGAUACAAUUGGUAACGAUAAUGGAUUAACAGUGCACGUAUCAAAAAUGCCGUCGGAUUCAUCAUCAAUCGGCAAAAUAUAUACAUAUCUGAAAAUGUUUACAUCAUCAUCACGAACAUUAUCUAUCAUAUCAAAAAAGAUUAAUUUAAACGCUGAUGUUUUAUCGUGGGAACACGAAAGAUUUUCAAUACGACGCUUACCAGCAUUAACCAUAUCCAGACUAAAAUCUCAUACCGAUCCGAUUAGAACAUCUUUACUUGAUUCUUCUAAACAGCUUAACUUCCAAGCUUUAGAAGCAAAUAUUAAUUGUAUAGCUGAAGCGCUGCUGGCCUAUCUUCUUGUUUUGCCGGAUCCAAACUGUACUAAUAGUAAUAAUGGUUCAUUGUAUUCUGUUCUGAAUAAAGAUAAUCGAAAUGGACGAGUUCAGCAGUGGAUUAAACUAUUUGGAGCUGAACCAAGGCCUCUCGCUGGCAAUAAUGAUCACAUUAUCGCAAGUUUGAAGGAUACUGUCGCUCGGCUUAGUUCGGGUCAUGUUACUGUCGAACCAGUCUCAUUACUUGAUGUUUCAUUAUACGGUGUAUUAGAAGAUCAACUUGUCGCUCAUCGUGUCAAGCCUGCAAUUUUUGAAUUAAUUUUGGCUCUCUUUAUAUCAGUAUAUUUAUUUGGAAUUUACUUUGUUGCCCUUAACAUUCAAUUGUAUAUCGAAAAAACGUUAGUGAAGUUGAAAAAAUCGUAG